GAGAGAGAGAGAGAGGGGGUAAAGGCUUUGGUUCUUCUUUUCCCUUGGCCUUGUAAUUCAGUCAGAUAUUGAAGAAUGCAAACUUCUCUCAAACUCGCAUCUUUUGCAAUAACUACAUAUUAUCUUCUUCUUCUUCUUCUUCUUCCAUUAGUUGGCUGCUCAUUUCAUGAAGAUGUCAACCAACACAGCAGUCACAAGAACAUACAAGAAAACAUUCACAAGCUGAGUCCACGAAUGACGUUUAACGUUACAGUUCACGGCCUCCUCGCAUGGUUUUCAAUUGGCUUUUUGAUGCCUCUUGGAAUACUUGUAAUUAGAAUGUCUGUUAGAGAGGAACGUGGGACAACAAGAGCCAAAGUUCUCUUCUACCUCCAUGUUAUUUUGCAGAUGCUGUCAGUGCUUGUUGCCACAGCUGGAGCUGUGUUGUCCCUAAGAAACUUUGAGAACUCAUUCAACAACCACCACCAGAGAUUAGGUCUUGCACUUUAUGGUUCGAUAUGGAUACAAACCCUAAUAGGAUUUUUCAGGCCACAUAGGGGAAAGAAAGAAAGGAGUUUUUGGUACUUGGCACAUUGGAUGCUUGGGACAGUGAUAUCCUUGUUUGGGAUAAUCAACAUCUACACUGGAUUAGAAGCCUACCAUAAGAGAACACAGGGAAGCUCAGGACUUUGGACUAUUCUUUUCACAGCUGAGGUCUCCUUCAUUGCUGCCUGUUAUCUCUUCCAAGACAAAAAAGAUUACAUACAAAAGCAAGGAGUGAUUUUGAGCAAUCUUGAACAGCCAAUCACAAUCAGGCAACAAGAUGAAGAAACUGCUCAAAGGCAGCAGCAAAUUCAAAGGGACUUGUUGCCAGAUCAGCAGCCACGUGGCAAAGUCAAUGCACUCAAGAACUUGUUUGACUGCCAUGGGAGUUCAGCAGCACCAAAUUCAUUUGUGGGCCCAGAUGGGAAGGUGUACCAUAGCCACGAUGGGCUGGCACCACACUCACACGAACCCAUAUACUCCCCCGGGUACUUCAGCAGAAGAGCUCCACCUCUCCUCUCCAGGAAUUUCAAUGAAAGGGCUUUCACCAUUGGCAUUGGUGGACCUGUUGGUACUGGGAAGACUGCUUUGAUGUUGGCUCUGUGUAGACUUUUGCGUGACAAGUACAGUCUUGCUGCUGUGACAAAUGAUAUAUUCACAAAAGAGGAUGGUGAGUUCUUGGUGAAGAAUGGAGCACUUCCGGAAGAAAGAAUACGUGCUGUGGAAACUGGAGGCUGCCCACAUGCUGCAAUUCGCGAAGACAUCAGUAUUAACCUUGGCCCUCUUGAGGAGCUUUCAAACUUGUACAAGACCGACAUACUGCUUUGUGAAUCUGGCGGAGAUAAUUUAGCCGCAAACUUCAGCCGGGAGCUGGCUGACUAUAUCAUUUACAUAAUCGAUGUAUCUGGUGGUGAUAAAAUUCCACGAAAAGGUGGCCCCGGCAUCACUCAAGCUGACCUCCUGGUGAUAAACAAGACUGACCUUGCACCAGCAGUUGGAGCUGAUUUAGCAGUGAUGGAGCGUGAUGCGCUGCGAAUGCGAGAUGGAGGGCCGUUUGUCUUUGCUCAGGUUGGUGAAGCACGGGAAAGGAGUAGAGGAAAUCGUGAACCACAUAUUACAGGCUUGGGAAGUAGCAACAGGGAAGAAGCGCCACUGAAUCCGUCAUCUAUGAAGUUUGAAAUGGCAGCGGAGGACGAGGAGCCAAAGAAGAGAAGGGUGGUGGUGGAAUCCCUCGGAUGGCUGACGGAGUCCUCAAUUAUGCCGAAGAAGCACCGCGCCAUCGCCGGCGUCGGAGCCUCCUCAAUCAUGGAGCUCAAGGCCCAACUCUAUCAAUCCCAAGAAGAAUCCAAGAAGUCCAAAGAACUCGGCGGCUCCGACGUCGAGUUCCAUCGCGCCAAGAAGAGAAUCACCGCACACGACGCUUUCUCCGCCAAGAACUCCGGCGUCGACGCCCGGGCCCACAAGGACAAGCUUGAGCUGAAAGCAGUUCAUGAUGGAUCGGCGAGCUAUGCAGCCUUGGAAAGGAAGGCUGCAUUGUACGAUAAGCUAGCAAGGGGUGAGCUAUCAGAUGAAGAAGAUAAAGAAAAGUAUUGUGUGGAUUUUUUCGGCAAGAGAGUUGAGCAGGACGAACCGCAGCAGACUCAGCACCGUGAUUCACCUGCGGUAGUAUCUCCGGAGAAUCAAGAUGGCGAGAUCAACGCUUCUACGCUGUUUUGCACGAAACCUUUGGGGCUUGGGCGAGCGGAUGCGACAGUGGACAAUGAUAUUCACAAGCGUUUUGUGAGGGAAGUACACGAAGAAGCAAAUCAAGCAAGAGAGAAGGCAUCUGAGCUCAAACUGCGUAGGGAAGAGCAAGCAGCUGCUCGUCGGGAGAAGUUAAAACAGGCUUAUAUACGGAAACAGUUAGAGAGAUUUAAAACAGCAUCAUGUAAUAAGGAACAGACAGAAUAAACAGCAGGAGGCGAUGAUGACCACAAUAGCCAUCUCGAAUCCUGCUGCUCGCUUCAGGGUUCAUUUUCGAAGGAAAGUAACAUGUUAAGCCGAUUGACGCCAACCAAGUGGCUCCGUUAGUAGUUUCUCCAUGGAGGCACAGAACAAGAGCAUUUGACAUGUAUUCCUUGCUUGAGCAAUCAAAAAACUGUAAUUAUUAGUCUUUUUCCUUCAUAAAUUUGUACCUUGAUGUAAUUAUGUACUCUUCUAUCAAUGCUUUCCCCUUUUUGGCCUUGCAA